UGCAUCCACUGCCCACAGAUGCUGCUGCCGAUGCUGGUGGCGAGCAACAGCGUUCUCUUUUGCUUUAAAUGUGAUGAAACAUUCUGUCAUUGCUGCUGCAAGGAUGGACACCUCGGGUACACAGAGGUUGCUCUGUCCACUCAGAUAGAUCGAUUAGAUAAAGAGGGAGAGUGCUGACACAACGGAGAAGUGGGAUAAGGAACAGAAGGAAUGGCGCAAAAGAUUGGGGCGAAGGGUUAAAAAGAUGACCAAACAAAGUGGGGAGGGGGAGUUUGAAUGGCAGAGGAGGAAGACCACAGAGGGCUAGCGCUGCAGUAGAAUGAGGGUCAGAGAAGAAGAGCACUUGAGCCGCCAGCUGCUUGGAUCUGCUUAGGAUCCAUCGCCGCUCGGUGCUCUCUCUAAAGAGGCGACAAGAGGCAUCCACGGUGGAGGCGAGAAGGAGACGGAGGAGGGGGGCUGAGGAGGAGGAAGCCAGAGGUUCUACACACAAGAUGGCUGCUGUGUCCUCUGCCUCUGACACCGUUUCAGCAGGCGACGUCAGGGGUCGUCACCCUCCUGAACGCCGGCUGCUGAUCCUCGGGGGUCCAAAAUCUGGUAAGACCUCCUCAGCCAACAACAUCCUGGGAGAAGAAAUUUUCGACGCCGGCACGGAGACUACUCACAGCAACGUGGGUCAGACGGAGAUCUUCGGCCGUCGUGUCACGGUGGUAGACACGCCCUCAUGGGCCAUCCCCAGCGACGCAGAGGACAACGCCGAAGCGGACGAUAACGGCAACACGGGCGCCGAGUCGGAGAGCCUGCCAAGACCGCCGCCCAGCCUGGAUAGUGAAGGGCCCUGCAUGGGGGCCAUCCUGUGCCCUCCCGGACCUCACGCCAUCCUGCUGGUGGUGUCCGUCACGCAGCCUUUCACCGACACGGAGAGGAGAGCCGCCGAAGAGCAGCUCGGGGCGCUGGGGGGUGGAACGUGGAGAUACUCCAUGGUGCUUUUCACUGGAGUGGACAAGUUGCAGAAGGGCGUCUUCAUUGAGGAGCACAUCGCCAACACGGGAGAGGCCUUGCAGUGGCUGGUGGAGAGAUGUGGAAGCAGGUAUCAUGCUUUUGAUAACAGCUGGAAAGACACAGAGGACAACACACAGGUGCCUGAGCUGAUGGAAAAGGUGGAGGAGAUGAUCACUGACAAUCAAGGUUGGUACUUUGAGGUGAACGAGCUGAUUUUGCUGGAGGAGGAGCAGGCAAGAAGAGCUCUGGAGGAGGAGAGGAUGAGGAUGGAGGAGCACGUUAGGCAGAGAGAGCAGAUGAUUGGAGGUCCUCCCAGAGAACUGAGGUUGCUGUUGUUAGGCUGGAAGGGUGUCGGAAAGAGCUCCGUGGGGAACGCCAUCCUGGGCCGUCGCUUCUUCGAGUCCGGCCAGGAGACGGACCUCUGUCUCCGAAGGCAGGCGCUGGUGUCCGGUCGCCGGGUGACCAUCGUGGACACCCCGGGCUGGGACUGGUUCUCCGUGCGGCGCACGCCCAAGCGCAUCCGUCAGGAGUCGCAGCGCGGCGCCGCCCUCCUGCGACCCGGGCCGCACACUCUGCUGCUGGUUCUCCCCGUGGUCUCCUCCCUCACCGCCCGGAAGAGAAGAACCCUCCUGGCCCACAUCGAGACUCUUUUCGGCGACGCCGCCUGCCUCCACACCAUGGUACUGUUCAGCUGCGGGGACUGGCUGGGCCGAACCCCCAUCGAGGAGCACAUACUCAGAGGGGGCCGGGAGCUCCAAAGACUCCUGGAGUACUGUGGGAACUAUUACCACGUCUUGGACAGUAAGACCCCUGGCAAGGACAAGAGCGUGUCCAAUCUCCUGGAUAGGAUCGAAGAGAUGAUCAGGGAGAACGGCGACAAAGCUUUCCUCCCUGUGCAGACCGAAUGGCUGAGCGAGGAGAGCUCUUACUCAUCCGACAACACCGAGCCUGAGGACGACUGUCGAGGCUGCCAGCUGCAGUGAUGAAGGUGAACGCUCGGAGCUUCCUUGUUGUGCUUCCGACGCUCCCGUCGGGGCCGACGUGUACCUUUUAGCCUCAUCUAGAGACCCGUUCUAGAUGGUUUAGGAAAUAAGGGGGAUUGAUGGUUGAGGGGGGGGGGGGGAAACAUGAUGGACGAGCAUCACUUUCGCUCUUGCGGGAGGACAUGCGCCAUGAGUAUAUAUUUACGGUCACACGCUGUUAGGAUUUAUAGUUGAGUUGAGUGACGGCACAUCAGAAGUCUAAUCCACGAGGGGAUUUGUCCAGAAUGACAGUAUCUGGAGGAGCCAGCUUGUUACGUGGAGGAAUGUUUUUUCUGUUCCUGCGGCUUUCUUUUGGAGAAGAACGUCAACCGUGUCGCUUCUGCUCUUUGAGCCCGCUGAACGGGCAUCAAAACACUUUCCGUGCCGGAUGAUGAUGGAUGAGGAAUCUGUCGGGAGCAAGUGCACUUGUCAAUGUUUGCUCACUCCCUCCACGGCGCCUUUUUUUGCACAUCUUUUGAUGACAACUCGGAGUCAUAUUAAAAUUAAAAAAAAAAAAAAGCUGACUUCAUUAAUAUUUGAUAAGCUUCCGCUCGGCGAGUCAGGGUUGAGGCGGUCUCGCUCUCUCGGGUGAAAUCUGGGUAACGCUGAUUGAAACGCUGCAGACACGGGUCACGUCAAAUGAAGAAAUGCUGGUUUGCAGCAAGUGAGUCUCUCCGCUUUCCGUCUCAGUAAUCGACUUUGAUUCUUUUGUGCUCGUACAUCGUCCAUUAAGCAAAUUGAGUCGUAAAUAUUCUCCGGUCCGCAAUGGUUCUCGUGCUCGGGCCGGAGACAAAGAAAGUAGCGUGGGGAGCCGCCCAGGUUCGGGCUGUCUGGCUGCUAUGCUUGGCCGUUUGUGCUAACGCCACCGCCGUCCAGAGUUUUGUUGACAAGCUCAACUGGCUGGGCUGGGCUGGGCUCUACGUGCCUCAGCAUCCAAGCGUGAUAGUGCUGCAGGGCUUUGGCAUGCUACAGAAACCACCUAACCUCAUGAAUCACUGGAGCUCUCAAAUAGGGCUACUAAAGAACUUUUUUUCUACAGCUAAAAUAUAUAAAGAUAUAUAUAUAUACAUCCAGCUGUCUGAAGCAUGUUAGAACACUGCAUGCAGAUUAAUGACUUCCUUGAGAUAUGAUGGCAAACCUGACUUUUUUUUUUCUCCACAUUUGAAACCUGCUUGGAAAUAUUCUGGUUUGACUUCACCUGUCAUUUUUUCUAGUCGCAAGCAGAAAUGAGAACCACCAGAACCUUUUGCUUUAGUGACUCUGCGCUUCACCUAACUAUGUAGCCUGCUGCAGCACUUGCAAGCAUGACUUAACAAUUUGAUAUGUGGACGUUUCAGUCGUUCGUUUGAAUGGGGAGCGUUCCUCUGUGGCUUUAUUGUAUAUGCAGCGUAAUAUUGACAGUGUUGCUUUUUAAGUGAAGCAUUUUGCACUACCUUUCGCCACUUUACCGUCGCUCAAAGUGAUGUUACUUGCUGUGUCGUUUGUCGUAAUGGUGAUGAUAACAUCAUCGGCACUUUGUUCAUUGUCAUACAAUAAA